CGGAACGUCAUGCCCGGUUGUCAUAAGGAAAACAAAACAAAAUUACUUUAUUUUGAAUAAACGAAAAACAAAACAUGAGACACUUGACAACCUGUUAACGAUUCUUGUACAACAAGAGCAGGUCAAUACGGCGUCGAAGUUUGAUCAAAUACACGUGUUUAAACAUCAGUUCCUUUUCCUCUGACUUUUAACCAGUUUUUCAGUCCCGAAUAUUCCCCUCGUACCCUACCAUACCCCGUUUUGGAAUUUGCGAAGCUUUUGAAACUGCGUAUUAAUACAUAAUUUUAGUGUUUACAUAUACUUCGUCAUAAGAAUGCAAAGAAAUUAUCCGCAAGAUAUUGUACAAAUGCGCAUUUCUCAUUUGCAAAGAGUACGUAAAUAAAUCAAGAGUUGGAAUAUUUUUUUUUUUUUUUUUAUAUAUCACUCCCUCCGUAAUACCUGCUUACGUCAAAGAUAAGACAGAAAGAGGGUAAUGCACCAUUCAAAUUUCGUUUAAAAUUUGUGAAAUGUUUUCAAAUGUAUUGUGAAGUAUCUGGGGACAAAGAGGACAAACACUCCUUAUGACAGUAGAAGAGGUUUAAUGCACAAGCUACUAUUCAUCACUGGAAAGCAGCAAUGGUCUAUUUAUAUCCGAAUGCAUUUGAACGAGUCUUUGGGAACGAUGGUGAAGACAAGGAGAGCUUAUCCUCCGACGAGGCACCGCUGUCCCCGGUCCAACAGUUUUAUGAGAAUGCUAACAUCCUUAUCACUGGAGGAACCGGUUUCAUAGGCAUGGUGCUUGUUGAAAAACUUUUAAGGUCAUGCCCUGGAAUUAAUAAAUUAUUCCUCAUAAUGAGAUCAAAAAAGGGGAAAUCGGCAGAGGAUAGGAUGCGAGCAAUGCUCAGUAAUCCGUUAUUCUCACGAGUUGUGAAGCAAGAUGUCAAAAUUUUUCAAAAAAUCAGAAUCGUGCAUGGUGAUUUAGAAAAUGAACACCUUGGCCUUAGUGAAGUGGAUGCGGGCAUACUGAAGAGAGAAGUGGAUGUCAUCAUCAAUGUAGCGGCAACAGUCAGAUUUGAUGAAUCCUUAAGAAAGGCUUAUGCAGUCAACGUUGGUAGCUUGAAAGCGUUAGUUGCCUUAGCAGAAUCAAUGCCACAUUUGAAGGCAUUUGUUCACGUCUCAACCGCCUUUAUUCCUGUGCAUCGGAGCUCGCGAGUUAUACUGGAAGAAUUCUAUCCAAGCGCCUACACGGAGACCGAAAUGAAAGCGCUUCUCGACUCCACCGACGACUACUCCUUGGCUUGUCUCAACAACCUAAUUCUAGGUAAAACGGCCAACACAUACAUCCUAACCAAAACUAUGGCAGAGGAAUUUCUGCGUCACAAAGUAAACUCGUUGCCCAUUGCUAUUUAUCGGCCAUCAAUGGUGAUCAACACAUAUGAGGAGCCAGUCACUGGAUGGAGCUGCACUUUGCAAAAUGUAGGAGCCAUCAUGACUGGCGUCGGUCUAGGAGUUUUAAGGGUUCUGCAUUUCGGUGCUGAGAAGCGAGUGGACGCCAUCCCGGUCGACAAAUGCGUCAGCGCUCUUGUCACCCUCCCAUGGCACAUAUUUAAUAGCAGAAAGAACAACCGUCAAAUCGCUCCAAUAUAUAAUCACGUGAGUGAUCGCAAACCAAUAACUUGGGGAGCACUCUCUGUUUUGGCCCUUAAAAUACACAGAGAGGAGAAAGUCUCAUCGGGGCAGCAAAUAUGGGCUGUGGAUGUUACAUUCGAACCCAAUCGCUUUCUCUACGAAAUUAAGUUCUUCCUCUAUCAUGUGCUGCCUCUUCCUUUGUUAAUACUCGCAGAAAAAUUACAAGGAAAACCUCCCAGGAUACUGAACGUCUAUACGAGGAUAGCCUUUAUGUUAGGCCAAAUAAGACCAUUCGUUGAAAAAAAUUGGAAUUUCAAUGACAACAAUUUGGUGUCCUUGUGGUCUGCUAUGUCAGACCUGGAUCGAGACUUGUUUCAUUUUGACAUUUGUAACAUUGAAUGGCUGAGAUACUUGCGGAAUGUGAGCAAAGGAAUUAGUAACUACAUUCUAAAAGAUACCCUGAUUGUUGGGCGUCACCCUUUUAAGGUUCAAGCAAUGAUUUUGACUAGUGAUGUCCUAAAGUUGCUCAAGAAAAUAUUCCAGAUAUACCUUGCAAUCAGUGUUGGAAGUCUAUUUUACGAUUGGUCUCGAGGUUCUCUACGUUACAGAGCUUUAUAUCCGUAAAAAAACAAUGAUCAUCAAUGAGGCUUUGUCUCCACGGAGCGUUUCAUGGGAUUAGUCCCAGGGAUAAAUCUCACUUACGAAGUUGGGAAAAAUAUUGAGUUAGUCAAUACUAAUCACAGUGCCAAGCAAGAGUCAUUGUGGAGUCCCAGGAACGACUCAAAAAGAAGAAGAAAUUUCGUUGUGUUGUUUAUCGAGAAAAAAGCCCAGAGUUUCAUUCAUGCGAUUCGAACUUGGGAAAAAUCUCGCGAAAUGUCCCGUGAAGACAAGGCGUAACUCAUCUGAAUUCUCAGUUUUAAAAAUUUAUGCUGUAGUGAGUAUGAAUGAAUGUAAAAUGUGAUAAAAAAUUGACGCAGAAACUAGGCGUUAGAGACUAGGCGUUAGAGACUAGGCGUUUUUUAAGCUUUUCUUUUAUCGUAUAAAGAUAUAAUUUUUCUAUGUUUGUUUUUUGGAUUAUGUAAAGUAAGGCGCCAGUUUACUGCGGCGAACUAACAGUGUACGUGAUCAAAUGUAAAAAGCGUCAUCCUAAAAAUUACUCUUUAAAAAUAAACAUUUAUUGAUCGUUA